GUAUACAUGACAAUUGACAGUUUUGAAUGUGCAGAGUGAAAAUAAACUCGAAUGACUUAACAAAUUGAUGGUAAAUAAACAACUAAACGAAACUAAAAUGAAACUGGAAGACUUGUCAAUCUCCGACAUGAACCAGGAAAUCAGGUCCGACGUCCUCAAGCUAAUGGACGAGAAAAUCGAAAUCGAGAGACGUAUACGUGAACAGACCGAAAUCCUGCAGCAAAACGGAAUUGGCAUGACCGAGCCGUUGGUCGACGACGAAGGGUAUCCGAUAAGCAGCGUCGACGUCUAUCAGGUACGACAUGCCAGACAAAGGUUGAUCUGUCUGCAGAACGAUCACAAGGACAUAAUGAGACGCAUCGAAAACGGACUGAUCGGGUACUAUUCGACCAGCAACACCAGAAGUGACACCCCGACGGCUCCCCAGGUCGGAGCUGCCGAGCCCGAACGCACGACACCCUUUGCCAAAGUCACACUUGUCAGUGACAGGUCACCAGCUGAGCUCGCUGGCUUUGAAGUUGGGGAUGAGGUUGUUAAGUUUGGCUCAGUUAAUUCGGACAACUUCAGGGACAUAACUGAUAUUGCCACGGUUGUUCAGCACUCUGAAGGAGUGGAGAUUGAUGUUAGGUUGAAGCGGGGUGGCCGCUUUGUCAAUCUUGUGUUGGUUCCCAAGAGGUGGGCUGGAAGAGGAAUGCUUGGAUGCAGCAUUUCAGCUUUGUAGACAGUUAUUAUGUAUUAUAAUUACUUUUCUGUAUAUCUAAAUUUGUAGUCUGUACAUUUUUUAAGCUUAUUUUUUUACCAAAAACAGUAAUGUAAAUGUUGAACACUUAUAAUUAAUAAAAGAUUUCAAAUCUGA